CGCCUGGUAGUUUCAAUAUAAACUGGCUGCUUGUUUAAGGCUGCUUGAAGACAGGCUUUAUUUCUGUUGGAUUGAGAAGAUUCACAAUUUUUUUUGUUUAUUUAUCUCUUGCAUAAACAAAGAUGUCGGUACAGGACGAAGACAGCACGCUCGCAGACUCCGAUGAGGAAAGUUGCUCAUCUUCUGAAGAUUGGACAGAUAUUCAGUGGGAGAUCCUGGAGAAGCAGAGAGAUGAAGCCAAUCAGAGACUGACCGAGCUGGAGGAAGUUUCGAAUCACCUCCUGAAGGAGAUGAAUAUGUUGGAGAUCCAAUUCCAGGUGGAACGCUCCUGUAGGGAGAACGCUGAAGCUUUGGCUCUCGAAGUUACCAAAGAGAACAAAGCUCUGAAAAGGAAGAGCCAAAUGCUGAUGCCACUGAUCUCCAACCUGCCAGAGGACCUGAUUACUGUGACCUUUGACCCAGAGACUGAACCAGUGGUUGAGGGCGAUGUGGUUGAUUGUGGGGAAAGUAAGAGCGAGGACAACUUACUGCUUGAAAGUCAAGCUAAGAUCACAGCACUACAGGAGUCGUUGGACGGCCUGCUGGCUGAGAAGCUACAGCUGGAGCUUCAGGUGGAGGAACUGACCAGAGAGCAGGCCCAGCUCAGAGAGCAGCUCGUUGUGGAGGUUGAAGAGAAGGAGGCCAUUCUGAGGACAAUGAGCAAGCAGGCUAAGACCAUGGGUAAAAUCAAAAGAGUCUCCCAGCUUGUCACCGAGGAGUUCACAGAGAUGUCUCAGAAGCUGGAGCUGGAGCAGGGCCUGCGGCAACAUGCCGAAGUCUUCGCCCACCAGAUGUUGGUGGAGCAGAAGGUGGCCCAGCUACCUAGUGUGAUGGAGCCGUGUAGCUCGGAGGGAGAUAUGCACCUUCAGCUGCAGCAGGCGCUGAACCAAAUCCACCAAAUCCGCACAAGCCUGGGCAGCAUUCAGCAGUACUACCAGGUCCAGGAAAAGGAGAAUAAAGGUGCCGAGGUGGACAACAGUGAGCUGCAGGAGCUGAAAGAGAAGCUGAAAAAGAGUGAGGAGGAGAGGAAGACUUUGGAGAGUCAGCUGUCUCAGGCCAAUGCAUCAGUUACAGAGCUGAAUGAAGAAGUGAAACGGCUACAGGAAACGAUGAACAAGGAGGAGAAAGAGAAUGAACUGAAGGAAGAGAGUAAUGCUGCUCCACCACCCCCACCACCACCACCACCUCCACUGCCUCCACCCCAAGCUACUCCUGUUAUCAACUUACGGGACUUCAUCAGGAGCAGGAAGCAAGGAGGCAGUGUCGUUGAUACCAGCAAGCCAGAGCCACUGAAGGACAUAAAGGCAAAGGCAGUGGACGAGAUGAUGGACAGAAUAAAGAAAGGUAUUAUCCUGAGGCCUGUACAAAAAAUCCAGGACGAAGACAGCUCAUGGAGGGACCAGAGGAGUGAAAACAGGAAGUCAGCAGUCCUGGAAUUAAAGGGAAUGCUGGACAACAUUAAACGCCAGCACCUUCGCAGGGUUCCCUCCAAAAGGGGGAUCGGCAGGAAUGUUGGGCAGGCCGAGCUGCAGCUGGUCCUCCAGAGAAGAAGAAAAGCGAUGGGAGAAAAUCAGGACCAUGUGUCCCCAGCUCAAACCUACGAUCCCCAACCAGGGCGGCAGCGUGUCCCAGCAGCAGGUGACGGUCCCUGGGCUGGAGAGAGCAGCAGUGCACCUGUGCUCCGGAGGCUGAAACAAAACAGGGAGAAGAGAGAUUCCCGCAUCAGAGCAUCAGCGCUGAUCAUCAACCACGGAGCCUUACAGCAUCCUUUUGAGCAAAUGCAAAAAACACCAUCCUAAUGCCUUAAAUGCAGGUGCACUCUAUUAACUAGGAACUACCGCUUUAUUGUGGGUAAUAUGGAAAUAAAUAUUUUUAAACAUC